UCUCCACAGCCCAUCGUUCUCUCCGCCCCCUUUCCUUCUCCUUCCCUUGCUCUCCUCUCUCAUCUUUUCUAAAUUUUUUCUCUUCAACGUUGCUACAUUUAUGGCCACUCAUGAUUCCUUUCCAUUCUUCAACAACGAUACAAUGGAUGAAGAGUUCCUUUUAGAAAAUUCGAAUCAAUCUUUUAACCAGCAACAAAGGCCUCAACAGAUCUUGGCUCCAUUCCCUCCUUCGAUGAUCAUUCCAGAUUCCAAUAGUCCAUUAGAUCAUUCUCUUUUGAUGAAUCCCUUGCCUAGCCUUAUGGAAAAACAUAACGAGAAGAUGGAUCAAUAUCUUCGUUUACAGAAUGAACAGCUGAUAUACUUGCUCAAUAUGCAAACAAAGCAACAUAUGGAAUCCUUGUUGACAAAGUUGGAAUCGAAGGCAUCUAUACUGCUUAGAUGGAAGGAAGAAGAGCUGGCGAGUGCAACCAUGAGAGCCCAAGCAUUACAGGAUUGUGCAAGUAGAGCAGAGGAGGAAAAGGAGCUGUGGAAAAAGAUCGCACUGGAGAAGGAGGCCAUGGCCUUAGCUCUUAAGGCUGCACUUGAAAGAGUACAAGAACCUCGUUUUGUCUCUACAGGAGCAUUGGGGACGGGAGUCGGAAACUCAUAUUUCAGUUUUCCAAGGGGAAGAAAAGAAGAUAACGAGCAGACGGGAGAAACCGGUCGAGCUUUAUCUCUUUGUAAGUUAUGUGGUAAUCGAGAUUCAUGCAUGCUAUUCCUCCCUUGUCAGCAUCUUUGUGCAUGCAAGGAGUGCGAGGCCUCUCUAAGCGAAUGUCCCCUCUGUAACUCUCCAAAGAGCCGCAGUUUGGAGGUCCUCUUUGUCUAAGGGGAGAAAAGGAAAAUUGUGAGAAAAAGACAGACUAAAAUAAGGCAUACUGGGCUAUAUUAGGUUUAUUUUGCUUAAAGUUUAUGUCGUUUUAAUAUAGGGAAGCUGGUUCAUUAACUUUUAUGUUCUU